UCCAGGUGAGGCCUCCCUGGGGCUGAGUAGAGGGGCAGGAUCACCUCCCUCGACCUGCUGGCAACACUAAGAAUCGGUCGCUAUCCCUGCUGUUCUGAGUUGGGGUUUAAUAAUAAUAAUAAUAACAAAAAGCUGCGUGUCUUUGAUGGGACCGCAGAUGAGCUCUUAGAAUAAGUGUUUUAUAAGAGACCAAAAGGAAAAAAAAGGAAAAAAAAAGAAUAAAACCAAACAUUUCCCUUAUAGUCAUUGAACUGCAUUUCUCUUGUAAUUGAACUGCUUAAGGGAAGUUGAUGGUACCGAAAAGCCGUUAAGGCUCCUACAUCGCAAUUUACUUCAUAAAAGACCAGAUCAACCAACUUUCAGAAGAUGCCGUGACGCUCAAACAGAGCAUACUGGGGAGCACUAGCUGAAGUCAGAAGCACCUACAGGACUGUUCGUGUGUCCUGCGUAUGUGUUGAAAUGCUUUUCACAAGAUAGGUGUUAUAUUAUUAAACAGUAAUAAUUCUGAAAAGUGAACUCUCAAACAAAAAUUACCGCAGAAAAAAUUUGCUCCAGAAAGCACACAUGAAUCCAAUUCCAAGUUUCUGGUAGAUGAUUUUUUUCCCCUCUGAAAAGGGAUGCUUAGGAUGUCCGUGAUACAUCGGCUGGCAGCAGGGUGGCUCCUGGAUCAUCUCUCUUUCAUCAACCAGUGUGGCUAUGAGAUACACGACUCCUUUGCGCAAUGUCGUCGUGUUACUCUCAACGCUUCUGUCCCUUCUGGAGAUCGUUGCACUACUUCUACCUGUGCUACUGCCUACUUAUCGACAGAUGAUCCUACUCCUGCUCCUGGAGAUGCUGUAGAAACAGAAGGUAAAACAGGAAAAACAAGAUAUGUGUUUCGGGAAGAGUUCUUUGAUAUUUUAAAGCCCCAUAUAAUCACAGUUCCUCAGGAGCAGCUGUGGCAGGGAGGCUCGCAGGUGAGCCUCACGGAAGCAGAGGCCAGCAGCAGUGGGGUGCAACACCAAGAAGGAACCAAGGGUGGUGCUGGAGAUCUCGUGGCCAGUGUGAGGAAGAAACGCAAAAGAAAAUGUGUGUUCAACCAAGGCGAACUGGAUGCAUUAGAAUACCAUACGAAGAUCAGGGAGCUCAUUUGGGAAGGCACUUUGCAUUUAGUCCAAGAAGGACUGAAAAGUGGUUUUCUGCACUGCACUACUACAAAACUCAGUUGCAGCAAGAGUGUUGUUCCAGGACAUGUUGGCUGUGGGUUGGCCGAAUUAUGUGAAAUGGCAAAGCAGUUUCCAGCUAUAAAUGACAGUGACCAUCAAGCUGUACAUGCAAUAGAUGAUGAAGCCUCCAUUCCAGAGCAGGACCUGCUUUCAUGUGUUACAGAAAACAACUCAAACUAUGCAAAGAUGGUUGAGUUAAUGGGGCAGAAGUACUUGGUGCCACCAAAAAGCAGUUUCCUUUUAUCUGAUGUUUCAUGUUUACAGCCACUGCUGAACUACAAGAAAAAAUAUGAUGUAAUUGUGAUGGAUCCACCAUGGGAAAACAAAUCUGUUAAAAGGAGUAACCGGUAUGGGCACUUGUCUUCCUGGCAAAUCAAGCAGAUUCCUGUAUCAGCUCUAGCUGCUCCAAAUUGUCUUGUAGUCACGUGGGUGACUAAUAGACAGAAGCACUUACGUUUUGUUAAGGAUGAACUUUAUCCUCAUUGGUCUGUGAAAACACUUGCUGAGUGGCACUGGGUAAAAAUUACCAGAUCUGGAGAAUUUGUAUUGCCUUUGGAUUCUUCCCACAAAAAGCCCUAUGAAGUUCUGGUAUUGGGGAGAGUUCAAGGAAGCGUAGAGGAAGCCUUAAGGAAAUCUGAUGAUGUACUUCCAAUUCCAGACCAUAAGUUAAUUGUCAGCGUACCCUGCAGUCUGCAUUCGCAUAAACCCCCUCUUACUGAAGGAAGAAAGUCACAUAAGAUCUGGUCCCUGCAGCAGGCUCUGCAUGGUCUUUCACUCCAUUCUGGUCAAAAGAAUGUCUUACGGAUGUCAGGGUCUGCUCGCAGAGGGCUUAUUGAAAGCUUUGGAGUUUUGCGUUCUACGUCUCCCUUCUGCUCUGUGAAAAAGUACCUCCUCCUGCAAAACAGGUUUUCUUAGAUAGACAAGAGAAUAGAUUUUUGGAAGACCUUUGUUAAAAUGCUGGAAGUAAGUUGUGCACAAGACAUCCUUAACUAAAUAGUGCGUGGAGAAAAAAGCAAUAAAUUUUACCAUACUAUUUUUGAAUAUGGUGGAUUUUCAAAAUGGGGCAAAAGCAGGAGAAGUGGUGUCUAGUUAGAUGAACCCUUGUGAUAUCAAGCAGCAGUGUUCAGUGUAGCAAGUCUUCCAUCAGAAUGUGCAUUUUGCUCUAAACCUCCCAGACUUUCCUCUGCAAAUGUUAGAUUUGUUUAAACAUUUUAGCUUGCCUCUAAAAGGAACACGUUUUUAGAAUAAGAUUCCUGCUGGUUGCAGUAUUAAAAGCUGGAUUAAAAGCUGCCUUGAUGAUAACCCAUCUGUGCCAUUCUUUUGACAUUUGUUAAAGAUUGGAGGGAGGAAAAUAUAUUUUGAUACAGCACAUAAAUCUAAGAAAGUCAGGAAACAUCCUUUACAAAAUAUUUAGGAGUAUAUUUUGAAUGGAUUGAAGCUUUUGAGGAAGUGACGGUGUAGGUGGGAAAUGCAUCUGAGGUGGGUUACCACCCACUAGAAUGUGAAAUGGAUGCUCAUCUUUCUGCAGCAGGCGCAAUCCAUGACAUGAGCAGCUAAGAUCUCACGCAGGGAUUCUGUGACUGGCAAACGUGAUGCAAAAAGUCAAAGCUUGGAUUGCACCCGAAAAAAGCAUUCUGUCUUACGCUCUGAUGUAUGCUGAUUAGGUGUAUUUCUGCUUUCUGAAAUGAUCAAAUCUGAAGAGAUCAAGUUGAACAAUAUAAUACUGGAUUUAUGUAUUUUGAGCUACAGAAAUGCAGAAAUUUCUGGGAGAUCUGAGCAAAAGUGAACAAGAUUCCCUCUGGAAAAGAGACUAAUUUCUUGGUUUUUUUCCCUGUCGUCAGUCACAGGAAAAAAAAAAAACCCUAAGAUUAUAGAUCUGUUUUUCAGAUUUUCUGACUGCUUUGUCUUGCUAUAUUCCUUAAACCUUUGUUUUACUGGUGCAUUUUUUUAUAUAUAAUAUUUUGUAGCUGUUUCCUGAAACCUAAUUAAGAAUUUCUUUGACCCAACCACAAACUAAAUGGAUCUGUAUGACCAGUAAGCCUUUUGACAAUAACUGUGUUUGCAAUAGUAACUCUCAGGUGAAAUGCAAUAACCAAAAUCUUUGGCUUACUCCUAGAAUACCAGUCAUAAUCAUUGACAAAACUGAUAUUAAUGAUAGGCUUCUAUUCAUUUAGGUUUAAGCAGUAUAAAUGCCCAAUUGUAGAAAAAAUGGAGAUUUAUGUUAGCAAAUGAAAGAGUGCAGUUAUAUAGAUAUUUCUUCAGUUGCCAAGCUGGCGAUAGGAAGAAGUAGUCCCUGCAUUUUAACAGCUCUUUCAGUGCUAUGCUUAUUUAAACUGGUAUUUCUUAUUUUACCUUUUAACAGUUGUCAUCAAUAAAUGCUUUAAUCGAAGAAAGAUUUCGUAUUUAUUCAUUUUUUUAUCUAUUGUUACUUUGUAGAAAUGUUGUCCCUGUAUUGUAGGAGCUGAGUCUAGUCUUCGGGAGAUGUUUGGUUGGUAAUAGUGAAAAAUUCAGAAGUCGUCCAUGUAGAUGCUGAAAUAAAUCCUCAUUCUCUUUCUCUAAAUGAAAACCGAUAAAUCAAGGCUAUUGAAGGCCUUGACAGUAUUGUUCAGAAUCUCAAGGGCACUUAUUUCAAAUGGCUUUCUGACUAUAAAUAGUCAAGCUGGUUGAUGAAAUUCCUGAAAUUAAUUUGCUAUCUCUCCCUUUUUUUAAUGAAACAUUCUGUUUUUCAUCUGCUAACAGCACA